AUUGGAUGGCCACCCUCUUCUUCUUCCUAGUCACCUUCACUUGAUCAGUUAGACUCCUCGUCUAGCUGAGCUAUCUAGAAGAGAUAGUUUGUGUGUGUGUGUGUGCUCGAUGGCCGCCGGUAGCAGAGACGGCGGUGCUCGCCGCCGAUCGUGUAGUGUGCUCGUCGCUGCUGCGGCGAUCUUCUUUGGUUACGCGGCGACGGCGGCGGGGCUGCAGGUGGGCUACUACAACAACUCAUGCCCCGGAGCUGAGGACCUGAUUCAGACGAUCGUCCAUGGCGCCGUCCGCAACGACGCCGGCAAUGGCCCCGGCCUCAUCCGCCUCUUCUUCCACGACUGCUUCGUCAGGGGGUGCGACGCGUCGGUGCUGCUCGACGCCGACCCGGCGAGCAACGGCACGGUGGAGAAGAUGGCGCCGCCCAACUUCCCCAGCCUGCGCGGCUUCGGCGUCAUCGACCGCGCCAAGCGCGUCGUGGAGCGGCGCUGCCCGGGCGUGGUCUCCUGCGCCGACAUCGUCGCGUUCGCGGCGCGCGACGCGUCGCGCAUCAUGGGCGGGAUCAAGUUUGCCAUGCCCGCCGGCCGCCUCGACGGCCGCGUCUCGAGCGCGUCCGAGGCGCUCGCCAACCUGCCCCCCGGGUCGUUCAACCUCACCCAGCUCGUCGCCCGCUUCGCCACCAAGAACCUCACCGCCGACGACAUGGUCACCCUCUCCGGCGCCCACUCCAUCGGCCGCUCCCACUGCUCCUCCUUCUCCUCCCGCCUCUACCCGCAGAUCGACCCCGCCAUGAACGCCACGCUCGGCGUCCGCUCGCGCGCCAAGUGCGCCGCGGCGCCGGGGCGCCUCGACCGCGUCGUGCAGCUCGACUUCAAGACGCCGCUGCAGCUGGACAACCAGUACUACCAGAACGUGCUGACGCACGAGGUGGUGUUCACGUCGGACCAGUCGCUGAUCGACCGCCCCGACACGGCGGCGCUGGUGGCGCAGUACGCCGGCAGCCGGAAGCUGUGGUCGCAGAAGUUCGCCGCCGCCAUGGUCAAGAUGGGCAACCUCGACGUGCUCACCGGCCCACCCGGCGAGAUCCGGCAAUACUGCAACAAAGUGAACUAAUUAUAUUUAAAAAAAAUCGAUCGAUAUUCAAUCCAACCAUGCACGCACUUCGAUACUGCUUGAUUGAUUGAUUAUUGUACAUGACAUGAUCAGCAAAAUUUCAUCGAAAAAUUCAACAUCACCUUCGAUUUCAUGCUGCUUCACACAAUGAUCAUGUGUACUUGAUGACAUUGUUGUAAGUUGUAACAUAAGAGAGGGUAGAAUUAUCACAUCGGCAUUUGUUCAGUUCAGGUGUUGAUAGCUUUUCACUUUUCUUUUUCUUCGUCUUUUUGUUUCUUCUAAUUCUGAAGUUUCAAUUAUGCACUUUCAAGUUCAAAUAUUCAAUAUUCAGCUACAGCAAA